CGGUUGUGGCUGCGUUGUCUGUCUGUGUGUUAUAGUCGGUGGUCCCGUUCCUUCCCGCCGCUCCCCAGCCCUCGCGGCGAUCUCUCCUCUCUGGCGCUUUAUUCGCGUCACGUCGCGUCGCGCCGCGUCGCGUAUGGGUAGUUAGACCCCACGCGAGACUCUCAGACAGCCAGCACUUCCGCCUCGCCUUCGCCUUCGCCUUCGCAUUCGCCCGCCGUGACUUUCGAAGAUCUCCGCCUGUCCUUCCUCCCCCCGCCCGCCGUGUCUUCAGAAGAUCCGCCGUGCCUUUCCCCCGCGCCCGACCGCUCACCGCGUCUCACCUCUGAGCUUGAAGCGGUCGUCAGAAACACCCUGUCGUCAGACAUACUCGGCAUAGCAUCAUCAGUUUCGAAGUUAGGCUCAAGAAAAGCAAAGACAUGACCCCCCCCGCGCGCCCGUCCGUUCGCCUCGUCUCGUUUCUCAGCGUUUGAUCCCUCCGACUCGCGUCAGGGUGUGCCACUCUCGAUUACCGCAACUUCGCUCCCGCCACACCCGCUACUGUCACAUUGCUGCCCAUCCUUUCCGCUCAAUUACGUCACAAUGGCGGCGACUAUGGCGAAUCGGCACUCGUCCUCUCGUAGCGCGUCGUCCCCACUCCUCCUCCUCGCCCUCCUCGCCGCGACUACCGCCCUCCAUGCCCCCCCGACUCUCGCGCAAUCCCCGCCGUCGCCAAUCCCGUCUGUAACCACUACCCCCGCCGCCGCCGCCCCUUCCGCUCCGCUCAUCCCCCCCGCUUCCGCUCCCCCCGCCUCCUCUUCCCCUGCCCCCUCUUCCCCCGCCUCCGGUCCGCCCGCCGCCGCCGGCGCAUGCCCCUUGACGGGCAAGCUUCCGCAAAAGCCCGCGGUGGUGACGUACCGGUGCCCCGCCGCUGCUGAGCUGUCGUGCUGUGAUUCGUGCGUGGAUCUUAAGUUGGGACUUAUGCUUGUCGCGUCGACUCUGGGCGAUCUUGUGACGGCUAUCGACCCCGGUCUGGUGGAGUUGGUUAAUGCGAGUAUGAAGACGUGCGAUAUGCUUGCGGGGCAGGUCACAUGCGCCCAAGCAUUGGAGGACCUCAUCUGCGCUUCGCAGUGCAACCCCGGCGCGUGGAGAUACAUCAAGACCGUCGGUGCCGGCGCUGCUGCCGCCCCCACCAUGACUGUGUGCCCUGCCUUCGCCACUACAGUGUUCAAGAGCUGCCGGAGAUUGUCAUUGGGCGAAGGCUUGGACCUGACAGCCAUCAUUCCAGAUGCUGCCGCUUUCAUCUCCAAGGUGGUGGGCAGCAUUGUGAAGGUGCUGGGAGUGAAGAAUUUCAAGGCUAAAAUCGGCAAGGCCGACUGUUUCAAAGGCACCCCCGUGACCGCACCCUACAUCGCCUGCUGCGACCCGCUCAUCGUGCCCCCCAUCUGCCCUGCCGGUGCAAUCGACACUGUUAAAUUCCGCACCAUCAUCAACCGAACAGUUGACCCUGUGGCUUGCCAGACCGGACCUUUUGGCCCGCCGGCCCCACCCCCCGCCCCUGUCCCAGCACUGUCCCUUGCGCCUGCUCCCGCUCCCCCGCCUGACUUUUCACCUGAACCCGCCCCUGCCCCUGCUCCUGCUCCCGCUGUUGACCUCUCCCCCUUGCCUCCUGUCCUUCUUGCUCCCCCUGUCCCCCCUGCUCCCCCCGCUCCCCCUAAUCCCCCUCCUUUCACUAUCCCCCCUGGCACUCCUUAUGCCGCUGCCGCUCCCUUACCCUCCCUCCUAAACUCCCCUCCCUCUCCUCCCUCUCCUCCCUCUCCUCCCUCUCCUCCUGCUCCUCCCGUUCCUCCCACUCCCUCCGCUCCUACUGUAGGUACCCAGGUUCCCCCCCCGCCGCCUGAAAGCAAGCCUGCCUUCCCCCCUGCAUCUGCUUACCCCAUAUCUCUUCUCUCCUACCCACUCUAUGCUGCUAUGGCCCUGCUGCUCGCACCUGGGCUGCUGCUAUAGCCAGCCCUCACCCUCUCUGGUCUGCUCUCUGCCAUCCUCCUGAAAGCAAGCCUGCCUCCCCUCCGGCAUCUACUUAACCCCUAUCUCUUCUCUCCUACCCACACUAUGCAGCUAUCGACCUGCUGCUGGCACCUGCUCUGCUGCUCUGGCACCUGCUCUGCUGCUCUUGCACCUGCUCUGCUGCUCUGGCACCUGCUCUUCUGCUCUGACCCCCUCUGCUCUGCUGAUCCAACCACCUCCGUCAACUCAGCUCUGCUCGCUCCCACUCCCUCUGCAAGGCGCACGUUAUCAGGGCAAUUACCUUGACUUUACUGAUAAUCCAAGGUAUUCUCAGAAGUAUCCUGUGUUUUCCAGGGCUCUUUGUAGGCCAGCCCUGACAAUAUCAGGGAGAUUUUUCUACUGACCGUCCUACUCUGGGAUGGUUUCGAGGGGACCCACCAGAUAUCCGGGUAGUCACCAGGGGGUGUAGGAUCAAUGGCCACACCACAUGGCAUUAUUUCUCUAAAUGUAGCUGUCAUAUCAAUGGCGACUUGACGAUAGCUUCCAAUCCAAUGUAGCAAACGAUAAUUCCUGCCACUCACCACCCUGCCGCCAAGUGGUCUUAUGAGUGCAUAGUGUUAGAGCGUGUUCCUACCAGCCACUUCCUAGGCAACCUUUGUCAACUUAUAUAUAUGAUCUAUGUAGAAGUUAUAGGCUAGACUAGGUUUGUGCUUCUAGUGAGAACAACCCA